UUUUUAAAUCCAACACUACAUAUUUUUCCUACCUUAUAUUCUUUCCCACACCCAAAAAAAAAUCAUACCAACUCUCUCUUUCUCUCUCUCCAUAAAUUACAAUCACCAUAUUUCUCUCUAUAUAUACAUAUAUAUUAAACAUAUAGAGAGAGAGAAAAAAAGAAAGACUCACAACAUAUAUCGCCAUGGAUGAAUCCUCUUCUGAAAUCACAACCCCAUUCAUUCUCAAGCCCAAAAAAGACGAAGAACAUGGCCCAACAAGUUCAUCCUCGUUCUCCUCCUCCAAAACAAUAGUCGUUUCAGAUGAGGAGGAGAAAGAGGAAGAGACGAACUCACCGGUAGAGCAGGUAGCUCUAACGGUGCCAACCACAGACGAUCCCACCAUGCCGGUGUUGACUUUUAGAAUGUGGUUCUUAGGAACACUUUCUUGUGCUCUCCUCUCAUUUCUCAACCAAUUCUUUUGGUACCGAAAAGAGCCUCUUUCCAUAACCGCCAUCUCAGCCCAAAUCGCGGUCGUCCCGCUCGGCCAGCUCAUGGCAUCUAAGCUCACUCGCCGCACAUUCUUGACCGGAACUAGGUGGGAAUUUACACUCAAUCCGGGACCUUUUAACGUGAAAGAGCACGUGCUCAUCACGAUUUUCGCCAACUCCGGCGCCGGCACCGUCUAUGCUAUCCAUAUAGUUACGGUGGUUAAGAUUUUCUUCAAACAACACAUUACUUUUUUUGUGUCAUUAAUUGUCAUCUUAACUACUCAAGUAUUGGGGUUUGGUUGGGCUGGGAUUUAUAGAAGGUAUUUGGUGGAGCCAGCAGCCAUGUGGUGGCCAUCAAAUUUGGUUCAAGUUUCACUCUUCAGAGCCUUACACGAGAAGGAAAAAAGAACCAAUGGAGGAGUGACACGUACACAGUUCUUUAUAAUUGCCUUCAUAUGCAGCUUUGCUUACUAUGUGUUCCCAGGUUACCUCUUCGAAAUGCUGACAUCACUCUCUUGGAUAUGUUGGAUAUUUCCAAACUCAAUCUUGGCCCAACAACUGGGCUCAGGUCUAUACGGGCUUGGUAUUGGUACUUUUGGGCUUGACUGGUCCACAAUCUCAUCUUACCUUGGAAGCCCAUUAGCAAGCCCAUGGUUUGCCACAGCUAAUGUAGCAGCUGGUUUUUUUUUGGUCAUGUAUAUAUUGACUCCAUUGUGUUAUUGGCUUAAUGUGUACAAAGCCAAAACAUUUCCAAUAUUUUCAGACAGUUUAUUCAGAUCAGACGGUCAGAAAUACAACAUCACAGCCAUCAUUGACUCAAAAUUUCACCUUGAUUUGAGUGCUUAUGAGAAAGAAGGUCCACUCUAUAUUACAACUUUUUUUGCUAUGACUUAUGGUGUUGGCUUUGCAGCUCUUACAGCUACAAUUGUUCAUGUUGCUCUUUUUCAUGGAAGGGAUAUAUGGAAGCAAAGCAAAUCAAGUUUUGCAGAUAAAGAAAUGGACAUACACACUAAACUCAUGGCAAAGUAUAAACAAGUGCCUGAGUGGUGGUUUAUAGUCAUUCUUUUAGUAAACAUUGCAGCAACUGUUUUUGCUUGUGAAUACUACAAUGACCAACUUCAAUUGCCUUGGUGGGGUGUUCUAUUAGCUUGUGCUAUUGCAUUUUUCUUCACUCUUCCCAUCGGUAUCAUUACCGCCAUCACGAAUCAGGCUCCAGGAUUGAACAUCAUAACGGAGUACAUAAUUGGGUAUAUCUAUCCGGGUUACCCUGUUGCUAACAUGUGUUUCAAGGUUUAUGGAUACAUAAGUAUGACACAAGCCAUUAGUUUUCUACAAGAUUUCAAGCUUGGUCACUACAUGAAAAUCCCUCCAAGAACAAUGUUCAUGGCUCAGGUAGUUGGAACACUCAUAGCGGCUUUCGUCUACUUGGGCACAGCUUGGUGGUUGCUUGAGACCAUCCCUGACAUAUGUCAAGACACAUCAUCUCUUUGGACAUGUCCAUCAGACACUGUGUUCUACGAUGCAUCUGUCAUCUGGGGAUUGAUCGGUCCACGUAGAAUUUUUGGUAAUUUGGGGACAUAUGAGGCUGUAAAUUGGUUUUUUCUUGGGGGAGCAAUUGCUCCAAUACUAGUUUGGUUUGCAACUAAGGCUUUCCCACAACAAGAGUGGAUUAGGCUCAUCAACAUGCCCGUGCUGAUAGGUGCCACGGGCAUGAUGCCACCCGCUACGGCAGUGAACUACACCACUUGGAUUCUUGCAGGAUUUUUAUCUGGCUUUGUUGUGUAUAGGUACAAACCUGAGUGGUGGCGUCGACAUAACUAUGUUCUAUCUGGCGCGCUUGAUGCCGGGUUAGCCUUCAUGGGUGUGCUCUUGUAUUUUAGCUUAGGAUUGGAGGAUGUUAGCCUCAAUUGGUGGGGAAAUGACCUCGAUGGUUGUCCCUUAGCUUCUUGUCCCACUGCUAAAAGUGUUGUUAUUUAAGGUUGUCCGGUUUAUAAUUGAAGAAUUAUUUAGAUGGAAGAAAUUCACAAAGAAUGUGUAAAUAUCAUCAAAGAUUUGUUAUGUAAAUUAACAUGGAAGGAAAAUCUUUUAUUUUGAAUUCUUUUUUAAUUCAA